AUUUCUGAAUUUGACUUUUCCACUUCAGCGCAACACUUAAGUAGCGGAUAAUCUCUUUCUCCGGCUUCACCUUCAGCAUCACCAAUUCAUCAUCACCCUAAGCUCGAUAAUUGAUAUCGAGAUGCUUGGUCGAGUAGCCAGAUAUAUGUUAAAUAACAAACAAUGUCUCCAGCGAGGAAUGAAAAUGCCCGCUCUGCAAAUCAGAACCAUGCACCUCCGCCUCCCCUUCCUCCACCGGCUGGCCCUCAUCCGUCUUUCAUCCAGGUAGCAAAUCCAUAUGUUUUUGAGAGGACGGUGCAGGAAUGCUUUACGGCUACGGGGGUGAAUCCGCAGCGGGAAGACAGCAUCCGGCUCCAGGGUAUAACCUGGAUUGACAAUGUGCGAAAGGCACUCCAUUUGCCCGUGCGGACAUUUAAUACGGCGGCCAUUUACUAUCAUAAGUUCCGCCUGGUACAUUCUGACAAUGAGUAUAAUCAUGUCGAUGCGGCUGCAGCGGCGCUUUUCACCGCUUGCAAGAUCGAGGACACUCUCAAGAAAUCGCGAGACAUUCUUUGUACCGCAUAUAACCUAAAGCUAUCGCCUGCAGAGAAGCUCUCUGCAGAUGAUCCUAUCUUCGAAUCGCACUCUCGCAGCAUCAUCGGUCUGGAAAGACUUAUGCUUGAGUCCUCUGGCUUCGACUUCCGGAACCGUCAUCCCCAGAAGGUUCUCUUGAAAUUCAUCAGGCAGCGCGGCCUAAGGAAGGAUUCUAAAGUCGCCAAACUCGCGUAUAUGAUCAGUCUCGAUUUAUAUCGCACGUUUGCUCCGUUGAAGCAAACAUCCACAACUAUGGCCUUUGCUUGUUUAGAGCUGGCAGGCAGGUUAUUGGACGAUCCGUUAGAGGAUAUCGACCUGGACUCGGAGUAUGAACGCUGGCAAACGUCCCGGGCGGAAGUAAUGGAAACAAUCCUUGACCUCCUCGAACUCUACACCCACCACCGCAACUCAACCUCUAUAGGCCCUGAUUUCUCCCUCGACACGCUCCUCAACAUCCGCAUUCCACUCAACCAAGAGGCCGAUUUCAAAAAGCUACCUCGCUACGCCUACUUCAACAGACGCAAGCCCGAACCAAACGGUGUUCGAGCACCUAAUGGAUCGAAAAGGGACAGGGAUAGUAAGAACAAUAAGAACGCUGCCGGCCCAGCGACAAAGGACGCCCCGCGCGUCAACCCGCUCGCACCAACUGCUGCGCACGACCCUGCUCGCCGAUCGACGGAGAGGGGUAGAGAUGCUACGAUACGGUUUAUGUUGAACCCGGAGCAGGCGAGGGCCGAGCGCGCGACUGUGGAGCAGUAUUUUAAGGUGGAGAUGGAGCAGUAUGAAGUGGAGGAAGAAUGAAGGAAAAAGAAAGAAGAGAUACAAUGAGGCAAUAACAGCCCUAUUUACCCGAGAAACACCCAAGAUGACCUUGAAGCUCGUGGUAUAUCGUCACUCUCAAUCCGCUAAGGGACUUGCGCAAGCGCACGUCGGGCCGAUAUGCAUUUUCCCAGGUGUACGCCCAAAAGCUCUGUCGGUCGAAACUACGGUGCUGCGGACAAGGUUCUGAUUCGAUGUCUGCCUCCGAAGGACAGGAAAGAGCUGAGCCCGCUAAUCAAGAUCGGUACCAGAAGCUCAAAGCACGAGCAUAUGAGAGGAAAGAAUAGCUCGCCAACUAAACAUGCCGGUCGGCUUCUCCCUUUGGCGGUACGCAUUCCAUGGCUGGGUUUUCCAUCUAGUCCCUAUAUACACACAAACUCUCCGAGAAAUAUCCUCAUGUUAUUCGCACACACUCAUAGAUCUGUGCGCGUAAUCUAAAAUCUAUACUUCAUCAAUUUUCCUGAUCAAUAGGAGUGACACUCUGUAUACCCAUAUUACAUUAUCAAUUAUCAAGAAACAAAAUUUACUUAGUUAAAUCAAUCUUCUUUGCUUUGUCUUCAUCAAUAAGCCUAUCACCGAACAAAUUUGUAAAAUAAUAAAAGGGAACGCCGCUGAACUGGAAAUAAAAUUAAAAUAUAAAAAUGAAAGUGCGAAGAGUUAUAAAAGCAAGCCUGCCUAUGAUCUGCGAGAAGCGCAAAAAGCCCAUCAUGUCAACUUAUUACAUACGUAUACCUUACCGUAUGGGAAUAUGCAAAUAUCAAAAAUGUUUGGUUCCUGUCAAAGCGUGUUUUUGAAAUGCAAACCUCGACCCUGCAUGCCAUCAAGGGCAGUUUAUAACGGUCGAGGGAAAAAGGGAGAAUGGUUCCAGAAGAAAAGAACACACAAGAAACGGUUACCCAUAAUACCUCAGUGCUGAUGUGAAUGACCUAUAGAAAGAGGCGUAAAAAAUAAAAAUAAAAAAAUAAAAAUAAAAGCCAAGAUUAAGGUUGAGAAAGUUUAAAAAUUCUUUAGGGAAGUAAAAGGCACAUUCACAUUAGGUUCUUUUGUCUUUCUUUUUGAAACUGAAAUAUUGACAGGUAUCAUGCGCUACAACAGUACAUGCAUGCACGCAUGCAAACUGCUUUAGCAGCAGGGAUAGAGUUAAGGAUAUUCACGGAGGAGGAUUGUAGGGUCGCCAGAUGUAAUGCAAGUCGUGAUCAGACAAAAGGUCUUCAGAGGUGUUGAAUGUUUGAAGAGUCUAGACAGACCCAAGGUCAUCUACGGAGCUUGAAGUCGCCAUUGAAACACUCG